AUGAUUCCUCUAAAAUCAUUUUUAUUGUUUCUAUUAUUGCUAAUAAUUUGUACAACAUUUUUUACUAAUAAUAUAGCUCAAGCUCAAAAUGCAGGCACUAUAACAAUAAAGGAUAAAUAUAUCAAAAAAUGGAGGCAUUCUAAAACAGGGAUAGUAGGGACUAAUUUAGGAGCUAAUUCAGGAGCUAAUUCGGGAGCUAAUUCAGGAGUAACUCUGACCAAAAAUUCAACAGCAAAUUUAAAAACAAAUUUUGGAGUUAAUAAAGCUAAUGCACCAAAUAAUUUAAAAAAUAAUAAAUUAGCUAAUCCAUCUGUUAAUUCAAACAUAAAUUUGAAGAAUAAAACAACUACUAAUACAUAUUCAACUACAAAUUUGGGAAGAUUGGGUAAUUCAGGAAUUCAGCAAACGCAGAAAACUACUGCUAAACCUAUUCUAAGUUACUCGACAAUUUCAACAACCCUUCCCUCAAUAAGUAAUCCUCCUCCUGUGCCAAGUCAACCACCCCAAAACACAGAAAAUUAUGCAAAUGAAGCAAUAACAACUACUCAAGUGUUGACGAAUAAUGCUGGAGUAGCCGCGCAAACAUCGAAUCCAUCUACUAAAAUUGCAGAAAUCUCAACCGGAGGACCCUCAACUUUGUAUCCCCCUAUCUCAUCCUCAAUAGAAUAUUCUCCAUCUACCCCUAUCCCAUAUAUUAACUCGAAUCCGGCCAACUAUAACCAACAAAAUUCGAAUAUUAACUCGAAUUCUGCACCUAACUAUAACCAACCACAGUAUGCCUUACCUCCAGCAAUUUCCCCAUAUGAAGUAAAACCAGCACAAGAUUCUAAUGCAGUACCUGCAGUACCUAGUGGUGAUGCUUAUGAAGCUUCUGUUUUGGAACAAACAGUUGGGGUAAUUGUUACGACCCCUAUUAUUAUUCCAACAACAGAAACACUAACUACUACAAUAAGAACAACAACUAGAGUGCCGCCAUGUGGGCCAGAUGUACUCUUUGUUUUGGAUUCAACUGGUUCGGUUCGUAAUGUCUAUGAGGCGCAACGCGGAUAUAUCUUGGACGUGGUUCAACAAAUGGAUAUUGCAUCCGAUGGACAACAUGUUGGCCUAAUCAUCUACAGCAGCAAACUUAGACAACGCAUUGUGGUAAAUUUGGAUGAAUCUCUGACUAGAGAACAGUUUCUUAAAAUUGUUCAUGAAUUGCCAUAUCAUGGGGGAAUUACAGCAACAGGCGCUGCUCUCACUUUAACUAUAAAAGCCUUAGAAAAGCGACGGCCUAGCAAAAGAACACUUGUUAUUUUGUUUACUGAUGGGUUUACUUAUGACGAUUGGGAAGAACAAAGCCGAACACUAUUAUCUAAGGGUGUUGAAGUUAUUGUGGCGGGGGAUGCCCAAAGCUAUUUGCGACCAGUGCUGGACAAAAUAGCUGGCGAUCCAUCAAAAGUUCUGCUUGGUCAAGAGAACAAACCUAAAGUUUUGGAUUAUCUUCGAUGUAGAUGAUAACUCUUGAAGUAAAUACUGUUGAUGCCAACUAUAUUUAGAACACGAAUCGUGCCACUAUAUCUACUUGCUGUGUCAUUAUAUCCCAAGAUCAUUAUAGGCCCAAGAUCAUUAGAGAUAUAUCCCAAGAUCAUUAUAUAUAUGUAAAUACUAUAUUUUUUCAUUCUUUUGUAUUUUGUAUGAUAAAAACUUAAACUUA